GGCUACGCAGCGGUGACGUCGGUUGGGCCCCGCCCCCGGUGUCAGGGUAUCUUCCGGGUAGGAGCCGAGUGCUGGGAAUGAUGCUGCGGCGGAAACCCGGAGAGGACACCAUGAGACCCCUCGUCACCCUCAUCCUCCUCAGCGGCCUGCUGCCAUGGCAACCCGAGCUCGGGGCCGCCGCGUCUUCUGCCCACGGCUGCUUCUGCCAGGUCACAGGCUACCUGGAUGAUUGCACGUGUGAUGUGGAGACUAUAGACAGUUUCAAUAAUAACAAGCUGUUCCCAAAACUCCAAAAACUGCUGGAAUCGGACUAUUUCCGAUAUUAUAAGGCAAAUUUGAAGAAGCCAUGUCCCUUCUGGAAUGAUAAUAGUCAUUGUGGGAUAAAAGACUGCGCAGUACAGCCCUGCCCUACUGACUCUGUUCCACCUGGAAUAAAAUCACCCGGUUAUAAGUACACAGAGAGUGCGAAUCGGAACGGCGAGCUGGAGUGUGAGAAAGAGAAAAGGUUGGGUGCUGUGGAUGAAUCCUUGAGUGAAGCCGCCCAGGAAGCCUUUUCGCAGUGGAACCAUCAUGACGAUAACUCCGAUGAUAAUUUCUGCGAACACGAUGAUGAGGAAUCUCCGGAUGCGGAGUAUGUCGACUUGCUGAUUAACCCGGAACGAUACACGGGAUAUAAAGGACCCGACGCUUGGAAGAUCUGGAACAGCAUUUACGAAGAGAACUGUUUCAAGCCAAAAGCAGUGAAACGGCCACUGAAUCCUCUGGCUUUGGGGCGAGGUGAAAAUGAAGGGGCCAUGUUCUAUAACUGGCUGGAAGGUCUGUGUGUUGAGAAAAGAGCUUUCUAUAGACUGAUAUCUGGGUUACAUGCAAGCAUCAACAUUCACCUCAGUGCAAGAUAUCUAUUGCAAGACACCUGGAUGAAUAAAAUCUGGGGACGUAAUGUGACAGAGUUUCAGAAACGCUUUGACGCCACAGAAACCCAGAACGAAGGUCCACGGCGACUAAAGAACCUGUACUUUUUAUACCUCAUUGAGCUGAGAGCCAUCUCCAAGGUCCUCCCCUUCUUUGAGCGACAAUCUUUCCUACUAUAUACCGGAAACGACACCAAAGACCUGGAGACAAAACAGCUUCUGAUCGAACUUCUGCAUGAUGCCAAAGAUUUUCCCCUGCACUUCGAUGAAAACUCACUUUUUGCCGGUGAUAAGAAGCAAGCUGACCGCUUAAAGGAAGAAUUCCGGCAGCACUUCCGGAAUAUCUCUAGAAUAAUGGACUGUGUUGGUUGCGUUAAAUGUCGCCUUUGGGGAAAAGUGCAGACUCAGGGAUUAGGAACGGCACUGAAAAUUCUAUUUUCUGAAAAACAAAUUGAGAGCAUGCCAGAAAUUGGGCCAUACUACGGCUUCCAUUUAAAGCGCCAGGAAAUCGUGGCCCUUCUCAAUGCAUUUGGAAGGAUUUCUACGAGUGUCAAAGAGCUGGAAAACUUUAAAAGACUUUUGGACAGCGUGUGACGGCGGAGGGACAAGGACUCGGCAGCAGGGAAAUUUUGCACUAUGGUGGCCCAUACUUGUUUGACAAGAACAUCUUUUUGGUCAAAGUCUGAGAAUCUCCAUUCUCACUGUGAAAACUGGUCCUUGGAGGACUUUCCUGUGUAUAUUGUAAAAUAAAUACGCUUAAGAUUUUUUUUUUUCUAUUUACCGUGACUUGUAACUGCACUUCUAUCGGACACCCUGAUGAAGCUCUGAUCACCUUUUUGCAAGGGGAUAGUUUUUUUUUUUUUCUCUAUUCCUAAAUCACGAGAAUCUGUUUCAUCUGCCUUGACCACGUCUGUCCAGUGACCGCUUUGUGUAUCUGCCUCACCUCACAUGUGCUGCCUGCUAUGACCAAACCAAUGCGUUUCUCUGUUGGUAGCAGGUAUGUUGGUGCAGCAGAGCGGGGCAUGGAAGGGAAGACUGUUGUUGUU